AUGUUACUGUCGAUCACCCUGACCUUCCUCACGGCCCUGACCUUUCCCACGGCCCUGACCUUUCCCACGGCCCUGACCUUCCCCACGGCCCUGACUUUCCUCACCUCCCUGACUUUCCCCCCUGAUCUCCACGGCCCUGACCUUCCUUACCUCCCUGACCUGCCCCAUCUCCCUGACCUGCCCCACGUCCCUGACCUGCCCCACGGCCCUGACCUUCCCCACGGCCCUGACCUGCCCCACGGCCCUGACCUUCCCCACGGCCCUGACCUUCCUCACGGCCCUGACCUGCCCCACGUCCCUGACCUGCCCCACGGCCUUGACCUGCCCCACGGCCCUGACCUUCUCCACGGCCCUGACCUUCCCCACGGCCCUGACCUUCCCCACGUCCCUGACCUGCCCCACGUCCCUGACCUUCCCCACGUCCCUGACCUUCCCCACGGCCCUGACCUGCCCCACGUCCCUGACCUGCCCCACGGCCUUGACCUGCCCCACGUCCCUGACCUUCACCACGUCCCUGACCUGCCCCACGUGCCCACGUCCCUGACCAUGCCUACGUCCCUGACCUUGUCUCACGUCCCUGACCUUGCCCCACGUCCCUGA